CCUGCCUCAGAUCUGCCUUGGACAAGUCUCCGUCCACUCGUGUCUGGCCUGAUGUUGUAUCACAGCGUCACAUUUUGCUUUUUUUACUGAAAUGUUGGGGUAUUGAGGUGUCUCACUUUGGAUUUGGACAACGGCUUGUGUGCUGCACGAUGUCCGUUCAAGGGAUUUCAGAAAUCGCCGCGAUGUGUGUUGGACUGGUCGGGCUCAUCGGGGCCGCGGCAACCACCGGGAUGCCCAUGUGGAAGGUGACGGCCUUCAUUGGGGAGAACAUCAUCGUCAUGGAGACCCGCUGGGAGGGCCUGUGGAUGAACUGCUACCGCCAGGCCAACAUCAGGAUGCAGUGCAAGGUGUACGACUCCCUGCUGUUCCUGCCCCCCGACCUCCAAGCAGCCAGGGGUCUCAUGUGCUGCUCCCUGGCUUUGUCCGGACUGGGGCUCCUCGUGGCCCUGGCAGGGAUGCGCUGCACGUCUUGUUUUCAGGGUAACGAUCGUGUGAAGACCUACAUCCUGAUGGUUGCAGGUGUCAUGCAGCUCAUGGCCUCUGUCUGUGUUUUUAUCCCCGUGUCCUGGACGGGUCACGUCAUCAUCAGGGACUUCUACAACCCCCUGCUGAUCGACGCCCAGCGCAGGGAGCUGGGAGAGGCUCUCUACAUCGGCUGGGUGACGGGCGCCUUUCUGUUUGCCUCCGGUGUAUUGUUCCUCUGCCGCCGUGUGCCCUCAAACAAAGGCUCAUUCGACAUGUACUACCCGACGCCCAACAAGCCAGUUCUGAUGAGGUAUCACCCCCUGUCGACUCUCUCCAGCCUCAGGUCGACCCCGCAGCAGCCGGCCCUGCAGAGCAGCAGCCCGGUCGGACACCACCCGGCCGUGCAAAGUGUCCCUCUGACAAACGAUGGAGCUCUCAUCAACCCUCCUGCUGUCUACAACCUGGGUUUGGCAGAAAAUGGGCCGCUGUUUCAUCAAGGCAGCAUGGGUCACCAUCCGUCCCUUCACAGCUCUAACUACGUUGGAAGUCUGUCCACACCGGGGAACUCUGUGUACAUCAGCCAACAGGCCGUCCCGUACGCUCCAAGUUAUAAAGGGAAUCCAUCUGCAUCCUACAGCUCCGGUUUCUAUCCGAUUCCUCAGACUCCUGUGUUCAUAGGAUACAGUGCAUCACGAGUUAAACCAGGGUCGCACAGUGGGAGCAGCGGCGGUGUAUACAUAUAGGAAAUACAACGACCAAUCUUUUUUCAGUUGAUUUACCUUAGCAGAUCAAGCACUAUACGAUCAUACUGUAUCAACACAAGUAAAAUUAAAUCCACAGUAUGUUAGUGAUGCACUGAAGGUAAAUAAUAUGUGUGCAUAAUACCUGGGUUCCUCAUUACAAAUGUAUGCUGUGCAGCUGAGCUUUAUUUCAAAUUCUAGCGGAGAUCCCAAGGUUUCCAAAGACAGCAAAUAUGU